AAAUUGACCCAUUGAACAGAUAACUAAUAUUAUUAAUAGCCAAUCAUUUCAUAAUCCAUAAUCAUGACGAGUGAAUUAAAGGUUGAAUUAGAGGACUUUGAAGCAUUCUUAGAACCUCGAUUCUCAGCAUUAGAAUUUGCUAAUGAUUUAGUAGUGGCGACCAAUGGUAAUGAAUCAAAUGAACUUGAUUUACAAACGCCAAUAAAAAAACUUAAGUUUGAUAUUGAAGAAUGUGAUAAACGUAUUCGGACAAUUGCUGGCAAUAACUAUGAAGCAUUAGUAUCCAAUUUUUCUCGAAUUGAAGAUACAAGAACUAUCUUAAAUGAUAAAAUUAAUCCUUCUAUAUCAAGAGUUAAUCAUUCUUUUGAAAGGAUAAAAGCUGAAGUAAUUCAACCAUAUGAUGAAUCAUUAAGACUUAAUAAUGCCCUUAAACGGAUACAUACUACUUUGGAUUUACUUAGAGGAGCUAGUUUUUUUAUAUUUUUAAUCCAACAAAUAGAACUGUUAGAGAAAUCUUUUGAUUCUGAAAAUAUAAAGGACCUUACCAGAUUAGCUCGAUUACAUGUACAAUUAUCUCAAUUAUAUGAAUCUGAGAAUAACAACAAUACUAAAGAUUCUAAUAUUCUCGCAAUUAAAUUGAUUAGAGAUUAUUAUCCUAUUCAAAUAUCGAAGAAGAAUGCGUUAAUAGAGCAAGCUAUACAAAUCAUAUCUAAUGAAUUCAAUCAUCAUUCAACAUUUACCGAAAAGAAUACCAAUUUAGAAAAUCAUUUAAUUGCAUAUUACUUAUUAGAUCAAGAUUCAUUCUUCCAAACCUUUGACAGAUCUGUCAUUAAUAAACAAGUUCAACAUUCAUUAACGAAUUUGUCUCGAUCUUUACAAUCUCCAAGAAAUUUUACUGCUAUUAUCUCUGAAAUCAAAGAAUCUUCAGAGGAAUACUUCCAAAGAUUGUCCCAUAUAUUAAGUGCUUGGGAAGUAUCUAAAAAUCCUAAUGGUAUUGAUAGUAGAAGCUUUGAAGAUUUGUUACAAACUGAAUUUAAUGUAGAUUCUUUAUUUCAGCUAUUUUGGUCCAAAUUGUGUCUUCGAUUUAAAAAGAAUAUCGUAGCUACUAUGGCUCGUGGGGGGCCUACAGCUAAGAACUUAAAAGUUUACUAUGAUGGCCUUAAGAAUACAGUAUUGGAAACAUUCAAGUCAGAAUACGAAAGGGAUUUGUUAUUGGAUGCUAUAGAAAUAAUUAGUAGUGGUAGGUAAAGAAAAAUUUUGUAUAUUUGUAAAUAACGGUUAUAAACAUGCAUUUUUGUAAGCGCAUAUAAAUUCAAUAAUCAUAAUUAAAUGAAAUGAGGAAUAUAUGUACAUCACCAUAUAAACUGCGAAUCUGUA